AUGCCAGGCAGCUUCUUGAGCUGCGCCGCGUGCCUGCGCAGGACACUCCAGACAGCCUCUCUCGAGACCCCGGCUUUGCGACCAGUCCUGCUCCCGCUGCGUCCCGCGGGCCGCACGCGAUCAUACGGCACAUCUUCGUCACCUGCCGCCGCGCCUACUAAGCCUGUCGAUGCUCCGCAGAGCUUACGCACUGAUCCCGAAGACGCGACGGUGGCGCAGAAAAAGGACCGCGCGCGGCUGCAGCGAGCUGUUAACAAGCACCUCGAGCACAUCGAGGACCCUUGGAAGAUCGCCCAGCAUGUCGAGCAGACGCUGGCCAAGGACCGCUUCGACGAGGCGCUGCUCCUGACGCAACAGGCCAGCAAAGACCGACAGGUUGUCGUCGCGUGGAACCAUCUGAUAUCGUACCUUUUGGGCAAGCAGCAGCUCAAGAAGGCCGUUAAGCUCUACAACGACAUGAAGAAGCGCGGGCAGCUUCCUAAUGUCCAGACUUUCACAGUCCUGUUCCGUGGCUGCGCCAGGUCCCAACAUCCCAAGCUUGCCGUCGCCGAGGCCGUCAAGCACUAUAACAUGUUGAUGGCGGACAAGCGUCUGCAGCCCAACUCGAUACACCUCAACGCCGUGCUCAAUGUCUGCGCUCGCGCGGGCGACCUCGACUCCAUGUUCCUCAUCGCCGACACCGUCAACGACUCGACGCGCGCCCCGACCGCAUACACCUACACGACCAUCCUGAACGCUCUGCGCCACCACGCGAUCGGCGAGAUCAAGGACCUGCCCCAGGAACAGCAGGCUGCCAACAUUCAGCGCGCCAUCGAUCGUUCCAAGGCCCUCUGGACAGAGGUCAUGGACAAGUGGAGGCAAGGGCGGCUCGUAAUUGACGAGGAGCUCGUCUGCGCCAUGGGCCGCGUCCUCCUUAUGUCGCCGAAUCGCGAGGACAAGCGACAGGUGCUUGACCUGCUGCAGCAGACCAUGAGCAUCCCCAACCUCACCAAGGCGCUUUCCGCGACCGAGGAUCCGUUCCAGGAUCAGGACAUGCGCAACAUUGCCAAUUCGGGCUCGUCCAAACCCGUCUCAGCCUCCAAGGCCGUCUACGCGGUGCCGGGGCGCAACACGCUUGCCCUUGUCCUCACCACGCUCGCCUCUUCCAAACUCACCACCGUUGGUAUCAAGUACUGGAACCUCAUGGUCCGCCACUAUGGUGUCGUUCCGGAUAGCGACAACUGGUUGCGCAUGUUCGGCAUGCUCAAGGUAGCCAAGGCCAGUGCCCACGCCGCCGCUAUCCUCGACAUCAUGCCCGACGAGUAUCUAGGUCCCAAGCCCUACCGCAUCGCCAUGGAGACAUGCGUCCGAGACAACAUCAACCCCAAAGCUAUCCAGAACGCCACCACCGUUCUCGACUCAAUGAUGGCCCGCCUCCAGCCAGUCCCUGACAUCCACACCCUGCGCCUCUUCCUGCGCGUCGCUCUUGUCAGCCAUUUCCACCUUCGUGCCCAGGCUCAGAACGGCGACGACUCCGCCGCCAAACGCCAAUAUGGCAUGCAGAUCACCACGGCUCUCGCCCGCCUUUGGGAGCCCUACAAGAAGGUCCACUACCACUACUUCAAGGCUCAACCCCGUGCCGCCGCUGCCACUCCUGGCACUGUGGCGAAAGAAGGCAGUCUAUACAACGACAAGCGCGAGGUUAUUGCCCUCGCCCGUCUCAUGUUCAGCGCUUUCAACAAGGUCAUCAACGAGCAGAUGCUCCCCGACAAGGAUCUGCGCGAGCUGCGACCCGUCGGCGCCAAGAUUAAUCGCGAGAUCCAGGCCUUUUACUCCAACCGCGAGCAGCUCGAGCCCAAGCUUGCAUCAUCGAAGAAGGACGUGCCGUCUGUUGAGGACGAUGAUGCAGAUGACGUUGCAAAGUACGGCUUCAGACCAGCCGGCGACUUUGUCUGGGAUACCACCAAACCCGCUCAGUCUGAGCGCAGAACCACUAGCUUUCGCGGCUGA